ACUGCACUCCAGCCAGGUUGACAGAGCAAAACUGUGUCUCAAAAAAUGAAAAAGAAAAAAAAAAAGAUGUUAUUUGAGAACCUGCUGUAUUUGCAAUGUAACAAUCACCGUAAGAGGGACGUAGAAAAAUACAGUAUGUUGCUUCAAAGAUAGAUUUUGUCCCUGCACCAGGGACAAAAGUGAUGUCCCUGAUCUGAUUUAUACUGAAAUAAAUGUGAGCUAUACAUACAUUUAAGAAAGAUUAAUAAAAACAAGUAAAAUUGGGCCGGGUGAGGUGAGGGUGAGCUCACCUAUACAUCAGUCCUGACUGGGUGGGGGCCACCUGUGUGGAGAGUUACUGAAUUAGGAAUUUAAUCAUUUUGAUUGUAUUUGUGAGUAGCAGUCCAUUAUCAUAAUCUAAUCAAUUCAAAAGAGACAUGAUUAUCUUAUUUUUUGAAAUCCCAUUCAUAAUUUUAAAAUCUCUUUUAUUUUCUUAAUAAAUUAUACAACUACUAAAAAAAUUCUAAACAUUGCAUUUAAGUGUAGAAAAGCUCAAACACAGAUGUACUCGGAGGCACAGGAUUGCAUCAAUUCCUGCAUUCCCUGAAGAAUCAUUAUGAGUUCAAUAAUAUCAAAUGCAGAAAAAUGUGGUGUUCAAUAACUCUUAAAAUAGCAUAAGCAGAUGUGUUGUUCAGAAUGGGAUUCUUUUUGUAUUGGUGAAAAUUUUGUGAGUUUCUGGACAAGGCUAUAUACAGUGGUCCUAUGAUUUAUGCAACUGCACUUCUUGAACAUUAUGAAAAUUAAAACAAGCGACAAUACUUGUAAUUUAUCAUUAAAUAGGGUGCGGCCUUGGAAAUUGUCAGCAUGCUUAUCAUCCAAUUUCAUGUCUGAAGGUCCCUGGAGAGUCCUAUGACAUGCUUGCAGGAAGCUUAAUUGUCUUGACCAUUGUCAAUAGCAGCCCCCAUUCACUAGGAGAACCAACAGAGCAAACUCCAGAUUUUAAAUUAAUCCGGACUGGGUGGUGCCACCUUUGUUGAGAGUUACUGCUUGAGGUAAUUUAAUCAUCUUGAUGGUUCUUGUGAUGAGUUAGGAGUCCAUUAUCACAACCUAAUCAAUCCAGAAGUCAUGAAGUCUCCACCCACUGAUUAAGGUGACUCAAUAUAAACCUGCCUCCUGUGCCUCCACAUUAGCUCAUUUGGAAGACCUGGCUACAGGUGGUCGUCUCCUUGGCUCAGAGUCCGUGCUGCAGCUGAGGUGUCUGUGUCUCUCUGGUUCCCAGUGGCUGCCAUCAUGUUCUCCUCCUCACUCAGGGUGGCUGUGGUGUGUGUGAGCAACAUCAACAGGAGCAUGGAGGCCCACAGCAUCCUCAAGAGAAAAGGGCUGAGUGUCCGGUCUUUCGGAACGGAAUCUCAUGUGAGGCUACCAGGACCAAGACCCAGUCGUCCUGUAGUUUAUGAUUUUGCAGCAACAUAUAAGGAGAUGUACAAUGACCUCGUCAGGAAAGAUAGAGAAUGUUACACCCACAAUGGGAUCUUACACAUCUUGGGAAGAAAUGAGAGAAUCAAGCCUGGUCCAGAAAGAUUUCAGGAGUGCACUGAUUUCUUUGAUGUCAUCUUCACCUGUGAGGAGAGUGUCUAUGACACAGUGGUGGAAGAUCUGUGUUCCAGAGAACAGCAGACCUUGCAGCCUGUGCAUGUGAUCAACAUAGACAUCAAAGAUACCCUGGAAGAUGCCACCCUGGGAGCUUUCCUCAUCUGUGAGCUUUGCCAGUGCCUGCAGCAGUCAGACGACAUGGAAGACAGUCUGGAGGAGCUGCUGUUGCAAAUGGAGGCGAAGUCAGGAAGAAGCUUUCUUCACACCGUCUGCUUCUACUGAAGAUCUGGGCUGGCUUUGUCCCCUUCCUCAGUAAGAACUUAGGCAUGGGACUUUAGUCCAGAUUUAUUGUGAGAAGCAGUUGCAAAGACCUUCCACUGAGUGCUGUUUGUAUUACUUUUGUACAUAUCACCUGGAAAGGGACAAUUACCAAGGAAAUAUUUUAUGGGAAAUGAGAAGGACUAACAGUUUUAAAAGCACGGAAACAUGCUUGGCAUUGUUCUAGGUGCAUUACAUAGAAUAACGAAUUUAGUGCUUAUAUCAUUCUACAAGGAUGCUAUCCCACCAUGACUGCAUUUUCCAGAUGAGCAAGCAGAGUUGAUAAUGGACUGCUGGAAAAAUGAUUUGUUUAAGGCUACUCAGCAGAUAAAUAACAUUGUAUAGAUAAGCACCUUUUAAAUGAACUUUCUUUUCACAAUUUGAGGGCUAUUUUUUUUAAUUUUUAAAUUUUUUAAGUUAGUUGAGACCAAUGGA